AUGGCAACAUGGGCCGAUGAUAUGGAGCCCAUUGCCCUCGGUGAGGACUUUGGGGGAAACCAGUUGACGCCACAAGAGGCGAAAGCACUAGCAGAUAAGGAGGCGGCGUGGAAGAAUGCUAAGGUAGUCACUGAGACCAUCACCGAUGCUGAGAAUAAGCAGUACGAAAUUGUAAAGAGAGUGCUCCAAUAUCGUGUGGAUCGUGAGGCCACUCCAGUGGAUGUCCGCGCCAAGUGGAAGCGUUUUGGGAGGGCUACAAAUCCUGCAGACCAAAAGGAUCUCGUGUCCCGGGAUCCCCCAAUUGUGCUGGAGUUAGGUGAAGUUGAUCCAUUCGAGCGCAUGGCACGGGAGGAGGUUAUGCGUCUCAUGAAUGAAGUCGAGCGCUAUACUGUGGAGGUUAAGGAUGUCCAUCUCGCGCGGUACGCGAAGGUUAAGGAGGAGCAGGAGCGGGCUGCUAAGGAGGCCGCCGCACCUGAUGACCAGGGGAAGGAACGCACGUGGGCGGCAGCGAGAGGAGACAAAACUUCCGUUCAGCACAAGGAGGAUACCGACCGCCGCUUGCGCAUCACGAACAUUUCGGAUGAUAUUUCGCGAGAGGAGCUAUAUAACAUCUUCAACACGGAUGAGUACCGCAUCGAUAAGCUCUUCUUGCCAACUGAUGGUAAAACAUCCAACUACAGGGGCUUUGCCUUCAUCACAUUCGAAACACCCGAGCAGGCUGAGCGGUGCCUCAGCAGGACAAAAGGUGUUGCACGCUUUAAGAACACGGUUAUGCAUAUUGUACGUGCUCUUCCCGAAGGUGCGAAACAGCGCAACUGA